UCGCCAGGCUUGCGCUCGGUGGCACCACCUCCCUGGCGCUCGGCUCCGAAAAACUUUCCGGAGGUUUCGAGAAGUGGCUGCGGAACUGGGCCGCGGUCGAGGGUGUUGGCGGUUCCUGGUGCACAGCUGGAAUGUCCAGCACGUCUGGCUGCCUCGCGGAAGGAAAGCUUUUAUACCGGGAAGGCGUCUUGAGGAUGGUGCGACAUCCUCAAUCGCAUCAACCAAUCGAUCAACCAAUGGCACCUUCGACCAUGCCCGGGCUCUCCAAUCAGCUGGCGGCAAGGUAUAUGAUCACAGCAAUGGAAAGCUAAUUAACACACUCAGUUUGAGAAAUAGUCAAUGAGUAGAGUCCGAGGAGCUGGAGAGGUGUUUGUGUACCCCUGGUUGAAGAUCAUACCUGAGACCUCUUGCAUGUCAGUCGUUGGGCUUGCGCUAGUUUUUAGUACAGAUGGACUUAAAACCUGCCUGACCGUGGACCCCUCACCGGACACCUGCAGUGCUUAUUGCAGGCGUGACCAGGACACUACCUUCUAGAAGUAAUGCCCACAGAAAGCGGAAGCUGUUCAACUGCUCGCCAAGCAAAACAAAAGCGCAAAUCUCAUAGCCUUUCCAUACGAAGAACUAACAGCUCAGAACAAGAGAGGACUGGGCUACCGAGAGAGAUGUUAGAAGGACAGGAUUCCAAACUGCCUUCCUCAGUUCGCAGUACGUUGUUGGAACUGUUUGGUCAGAUAGAAAGAGAAUUUGAAAACCUUUACAUCGAAAACUUAGAAUUGCGCAGAGAAAUUGAUACUCUUAAUGAACGCUUAGCUGGUGAAGGACAAGCCAUUGAUGGGGCAGAAUUGAGUAAGGGCCAGCUAAAAACAAAAGCCAGUCACAGUACCAGUCAGCUUUCUCAGAAGCUAAAGACCACCUACAAAGCUUCCACCAGCAAGAUUGUCUCCAGCUUUAAGACUACCACAUCAAGGGCCAUCUGCCAGCUUGUGAAGGAGUAUAUUGGCCACAGGGAUGGCAUCUGGGAUGUCAGUGUUGCAAGGACACAGCCUGUGGUUCUUGGGACAGCGUCUGCUGAUCACACGGCUUUGCUGUGGAGCAUAGAGACGGGCAGAUGUCUUGUCAAAUAUGCCGGCCAUAUGGGCUCAGUAAAUUCUAUAAAAUUUCAUCCCUCAGAGCAGUUGGCUCUUACUGCUUCUGGAGAUCAGACUGCCCAUAUUUGGAGAUACGUGGUACAGCUUCCAACACCUCAGCCUGUUGCCGACACUAGCCAGCAAAUUUCUGGUGAAGAUGAAAUAGAGUGUUCUGAUAAAGAUGAGCCUGACAUUGAUGGAGAUGUGUCCAGUGACUGCCCUACUGUCCGUGUCCCGCUGACAUCUCUCAAAAGCCAUCAGGGUGUGGUUAUUGCUGCUGACUGGCUGGUUGGUGGGAAGCAAGUGGUGACGGCCUCAUGGGACAGAACUGCCAACCUGUAUGAUGUGGAGACAUCUGAACUUGUUCAUUCUCUCACAGGGCAUGACCAGGAGUUAACACACUGUUGCACUCACCCCACCCAGCGGCUCGUGGUGACCUCUUCCCGUGACACAACUUUCCGUCUUUGGGAUUUCAGGGACCCUUCCAUCCACUCCGUGAAUGUUUUCCAAGGACACACGGAUACUGUGACCUCUGCUGUGUUCACUGUGGGAGACAACGUUGUUUAGGGGCAGCGAUUGACCGCACAGUAAAAGUCUGGGGAUUUAAAAAAUAUGAGAUCUCCAAUUGCGACAAUUCGUACAGACUCUGCCAUUAAUAGAAUCAACGUAUGUGUUGGCCAAAAAAUCAUAGCCCUCCCCCAUGACAACCGGCAGGUGCGAUUGUUUGAUAUGUCGGGAGUGCGACUGGCGCGUCUUCCCCGGAGCAGCCGGCAGGGUCACAGGCGAAUGGUGUGCUGCUCAGCAUGGAGUGAAGACCACCCCAUGUGCAAUCUGUUCACAUGUGGCUUUGAUAGGCAAGCUAUUGGGUGGAACAUCAAUAUUCCUGCAUUGUUACAAGAAAAAUAAGUCACUGGUGUUCCUUAGUUUGAAGUUUGCCAUGGACCUUUGAUUCAUGCAGGCUCUUCUGCAUAUUGAUCAGCCAUUAUAGUGAGAAUUUGGCCCUGGGAAGGGUGCCUUGUAUAUGUUCUUUUUACAUUGUGGCCAGCUUGCAUGAAAUCUACAGAGAGAUGUGUGAUUCUGUUUUUUGUUUUUGUCCUGUGUAUAUUGGCAUCCUCUGGUCAGUAGAAGUGAAGCUCACCUCCCAUGUAGCAUACAAAAUGCUCUGAGUUGUUGACGUUGACAGAUGAGCAGUAGGGCAUUACAUUACAUUAAAUGAAUUAAAUGUGAACUGUGUACCUGUCAUGAGGCACAAACAGUCUGUUACAUUGUCUGGAGUAACUAUCCAUACCUACCGUGUCCUGGGAAGACUGCAGAGCUCAUUUGCGUUGGCUGUCGAGAGGCAGGCUGAUAAAGAUUUCAUGUUUGGUUUGUGUGAAUUAUAGCAUGUGCUGUUGUGUAAUUCAUUUCAACUCUUAACUUCUGUUCCAGUUUUGUAAAUGUAACCUGGAUUUACAAACAUUUGUGCAGAGUUUCUUUAAGAAAAAAACAUUUCUGUUCUUUUAUUAUACAAAAUGAUUUCAGUCUCCCAAGGUCUCAUACAAGCAAAAUUUAAAAUAUGAUUCUCAUCACUGAUUUUAGACAUUAAAAAAAUUCAAAGCACUUUAAUUUAUAGCUGUGGUUCUAAACAGGUUUUAGAAGUUUCAAAUGACUUAUCCAUUGAAUGUGACUUGACCUUUAUACAAAGGCCUGCUACCUGAAGACAGAAUCUUAUUUAUUUUCUACACCUUGAAUUUGCAUAUUUCUAAAUGAGUUAACUUCUUUGGUGGUAUUUGAGAGCCAAGGAUGCAAAUAAAUGAGCACUACCUCAAAAUAAAUAUUGGGAAAACUU